AUGGAGAUGGGAGAACUUCCCGACAUUGUUUUAUCUGAGCUGCCCGGUUCCUGCGUCAUUGGCCAUGUCCGCUACUCCACCGCUGGCCACUCCAAGCUCGUGAACGUCCAACCCUUCGUCGCCGGCUACCGUUUCGGCUCUGUCCCCGUCGCGCACAAUGGAAACUUCGUGAACUACCGCUCCCUACGCGCCAAACUGGAAGACAACGGGUCCAUCUUCAACACGACCUUCGACACCGAGGUCGUGCUCCACCUGAUUGCCACCUCCAAGCACAGACCUUUCCUACUCAGAGUCGUGGAUGCCUGCGAGAAUCUGAAGGGGGCGUACUCCCUGGUGUUCCUCACGGAGGACAAGCUGGUGGCUGUGAGGGACCCCUUCGGGUUCCGACCUUUGGUGAUGGGAAGGAGAAAGAACGGUGUUGUGGUUUUCGCCUCGGAGACAUGCGCGCUGGAUUUAAUCGAUGCGACGUAUGAGAGAGAGGUGAACCCGGGUGAGGUUGUGGUGGUGGACCACACGGAAAUCCAAUCCCUCUGCCUCGUGACUCAUCAAGAGCCAAAGCAAUGCCUCUUCGAGCACAUAUACUUCGCAGGUCCCAACUCUGUUGUCUUCGGGAGGUUUGUGUACGAGUCUAGGAGGAAAUUCGGGGAAAUACUGGCCAUUGAGAGCCCCGUUGAGUGCGACGUUGUGAUUGCGGUUCCCGAUUCUGGGGUGGUGGCUGCGCUUGGCUACGCUGCAAAAGCUGGGGUUCCCUUUCAGCAGGGGGUUUGA